GAAAACCCUCCAACCAGCAUGGACGCGAGUUAACAAGUCGUUUUGCUGCCGGUUUAUAUUUGUUAAGUGUUUAUCCAAACUUUUCGGUUAGAUUAAGGUUUAAAACGUUGCGAUUUCGACAAAAUGGGCUCCUACUUGUCCGAACCGUUGUGCGAGAAGAUUUCCAGCGACGAAAUCAACGACAAAUUAAAAUGCGGGGCCAGUUCUAUGCAAGGUUGGCGCGUAAGCCAAGAGGAUGCUCACAAUUGCAUUUUGGAGUACGACAAUAACUGUUCGUUUUUCGCCGUGUACGAUGGACACGGGGGCCAUGAGGUGGCCCAGUAUUGUUCGCAAAAGUUGCCUGAGUUCAUCAAGCAGCUGCAAACCUACAAGGACGGUGAUAUUGAGAAGGCUCUCAUCGAAGGAUUUCUUGGUUUCGAUGCCACCAUAGCCACCAAGGAUGUUAUUGCUAUAUUGAAAGAAAUUGCAGGAGACAAAGAAGCGGAAGAGGACGAGGACGACGAAGAGAACGUCGACAACCUGUACAAGGAGGCGACGAUGCCGAUCGAGAAGGUGAUCGAGAAGUACACGAACCUCGUGAACCCCGCGGUGCGCAACCUCAAAGCGGCCGAGGCCGAAAAGCUGCCCAAAUCGCCCAACCUCAAGGCGAAAAAGGAAACCGCAGACGUCGCUUCCUCCUCGAAUUCUAGCGCCUCGGAGCCCGCGGGCUCCUCCAAUCCCGCCGCUGACGCCGUCACCAGCUCCAGCGCCGACUCCAGCGAGGCCAAGACGGCCGACGACGACAACAAGCCCGCCAACGGCGGCGUACCGGAGAUCAAGGUCUCGUCUCCGGACAGUUCGGACGCGGACAAGAAGGAGGCGGACGCCGGACAGGCUAAAGCCUCUCCGGAAACGCCGCACCAAAAUGGCGACGUGUCCGAGUCCAAGGCCAAGGACGACGUCAGCAGUUCUUCCCCGCACGAAAACGGAGAUGUCAAAGGUAAAGGUAAGGCGCUGGCGAAAAAGUCGGUGAAACCGCCGCAAAAAGUGAUCGCCCGGCCUAAAAGAAACGCGAAUCAGUUGUACAGGCAACUCCUCGAUUUCGGCGGCGGCGGCGUCGGCGGCGGCGACGGCGACAACAGCGACGAGGACAGCGAGGACGAGGAGGAUAAGACGUUCGAAGGGCCCCAGGAUCUGAGCGACGACGACGAUGAUGACGACGAAGAAGAAGAGGGCGUGAACGCCUCCCUGGACGACGAGGACGGCGACGACGGCGACGACGAGAGCUCGGACGAAGAGGACGAGGAGGACGGCGACGAGGAGGACGAGGACGACGAGAGUUACCAGUUCGUGAGGAACAUGAAGGAGGAGCCGGGCAGCGACAGCGGCUGCACGGCAGUCGUCGCCUUCCUCAAGGGCAACGAGCUCUACGUCGCCAACGCCGGGGACUCUAGGUGCAUCGUCUGCAGGAACGGCAAAGCUGUGGAGAUGAGCUUCGACCACAAGCCGGAAGACGAUCCGGAACGCUUGCGCGUGACCAAAGCCGGCGGCAAGGUGACGUCGGACGGGCGCGUGAACGGCGGCCUGAACCUGAGCAGGGCCAUCGGCGACCACGCUUACAAGCAGAACGCGGCGCUGAGCGACCGCGAGCAGAUGAUCACCGCGCUGCCGGACGUGAAGACGUGCACGGUCAACCCCGGCGAGGACGAGUUCAUGGUGCUGGCAUGCGACGGCAUCUGGAACUUCAUGAGCAGCCAGGAGGUGGUGGAUUUCGUCAGGCCUCGCAUCGAGGACGCCGACAACCUGUCCACCAUUUGCGAAGAGAUGUUCGACCACUGCUUGGCGCCGAACACCAUGGGCGACGGAACCGGAUGCGACAACAUGACCUGCAUCAUCGUCCAAUUCAAAUCCAACAUCUUAAAGCGCCCCGCCAGUCCCGAACCGGAGGCGUCCAAGCGGCAAAAGACUGAGCAGAAAGUCGAAUCCACCGCCUCGUGAAUUCCCCGUUGUUAAUUCAACUUCUCGUCUUAUUUUUCUACUUGCAUAAAUAAUAAUCAGGCCGCGCGUGCGCAAAUGUUUUUUUUUUUUUACCUUUUCGGCAACACUGUCGGCACAGCGUUGCCGAAUUGCGCAAAGCAACUUUUGCGCAUGCGACCGUUUAAGGAGAGACUAGAAUAUGGAGGAGGUGUACAGUGAAAAACAACAAAUUUUUAUAUUCAGUGAGUCAAAAUUUUCGUGUAAUUUAUUUUUUAAUUUGUUUUAUUAUUACCUAUCGGCGGGACACCGCUUUUGUUUUUUUUUUGUAUUCCAGUUGAUUAUUAUGUCAAAUGUUAUGACGUGAACCCUAUUUUUAUACUUUAAAACAUAUGUAUAUGCAUGAAGUGCGGAUUUUUUCAGCAACUAUUUACACCAUAGCAAGAGGUGCCUUUAGUUAUACACUGUGGUGUUGUGUAACAUAUUAAUAAAGGGUGAUUCGGUUUUGUGUGAAUUUUGAAAAUUUUGAU